UGCAGUUUGUUUGAGGACAGCUGGUUUUUUCAAGAGAUCGUUCCAAGUUAAUCUCAUUUAAUUUAACUUUUCAAUUUUUUGUGGCUUUGGUGUCGUUUAGGGCAUUUUAGUUUCCAUUGAUUACCGCUGCACCCGGUAAUUUGUCAAUUUGCAUGAUAUUACUGAUUGCAAGAUGGAUAAUAUGGCCCUCGGUCUGUCCUCGGAGCAGACGGAGAAGAUUCUGCAGUUUCAGGAUCUCACUGGUAUAGAAGAUAUAACUAUCUGCAGGGAUAUUUUAACAAGACACAGUUGGGAUCUAGAAGGAGCCGUUUCUGAUCAACUUAACAUCAGAGAUGGCCACCCAUCUGUGUAUGCUAGCUCAGAGACUCAUGCACCAGCAGUUGUCAACGAACUCAUGUUUCAACAUGUAUUUUUCUCGCCUCCUUCCGAUGGAUCCUGGUUUAGCAUUUCCAGACUCUUUCAGUUUGGCUACAGCAUUUUCCAAACUCUAUAUCUAAUGGCCUACAAAUUUCUUUUGGGUGACAACAGGCGAUAUGUUACUGAUCCAACAGCUGAUGUUAUGAAAUUUAUUCGGACUUAUGAGGAGACUUAUGGACACCAACAUCCAGUAUUUUACCAGGGAUCUUACAGUCAAGCUCUGAAUGAUGCCAAACAUGAACUUAGAUUUCUUAUAGUUUAUUUACAUUCAGAUGAUCAUCAGGAUAACAUAAAUUUCUGCCGGCAAGUCCUAAAUGAUGAAAAUGUCAUCCACUACAUCAACUCGCACAUGCUGUUUUGGGGAUGUUUAGUGAAUUCAACCGAAGGAUAUAGGGUUUCCCUAAGUUUGCGUGAAAAUGCAUAUCCGUUCUUGGCUGUUCUUGCUAUGCGAGAUGCUAAAAUGACGGUUGUUGGAAGGUUGGAGGGACCUAUGAAUGCUGAAACACUUCUGCAACGUUUGCAAACCAUUGUAGUUGACAAUGAGGGUUGUCUUAUUGCUGCAAGAAAUGAUAGAAUGGAAAGAAGCUUAAAUCAAACCAUCAGAGCUCAACAAGAUCAGGCCUACGAGGAUUCUCUUCAGGCUGAUCGAGAAAAGGAGCGGUUGAGAAGGAUGGAAAGGGAGCGUCAGCAGGAAGAAGAACGUCAAAGGAGAGAAAGUGAGCGUCAAGAACAAUUAGAGAAAGAGGAAAUAAAGCGACAGAAGGUGGAACUAGCAAGCAGAGUUCCCUCUGAGCCUAGUUCAGAUCAUCCAGAAUCUGUUCAUGUAGUGAUAAAGCUACCUACUGGGCAAAGGUUGGAGCGUAGAUUUUUACAAUCACAUCCUUUGGAGGCUUUAUUUCUUUUUGUCUUUUGCCACCCUGAGUCUCCUGACCGGUUUGAGAUUGCAACAAACUUUCCAAAAAGAGUUCUACCAUGCCAAAAUAAUACUGAAGAAACAUUGGCAGAUGUUGGUCUGAGAAGAGGUGAAGUCUUAUUUGUUUAUGAUUUAGAGGCAUGAGUGGUGAGAAAAAAUAUGUGCUCAGACAGCUAAAAUUAUCAUGGUUGCAACACUCUUUUAAGCCAAAAUCACUAGAGAAGAUUGGCAUCAAUCAACAUGUCGACUCUGUAUCUUCAUAUGCUAAAACCACAAGGUUUUGGAAGCUAACAAAAAGUCACAUUAAACAUUUCCAUGAAGAAUCCUUUUUCUUUUUUUUUUUCUUUUUCUUUGGAAUAAAACAUACUUAUGCAAUUUUCAUAGCAUUUAGCUCAAGUUCAUGAAUGAGAGGUCAAGUAUUGUUGUUGCAUUCAAAUCUAACUCUUUCCUUGAUUCACAAGGAAGAUCUUGCUGUUGUUGCAUGUGCAAUAAGUUCCAUUGACCAUAAUUCAUGUCCAUGUAGCUCCAACCUUCCCAUUCCCAUUUGCUUUACUGCAACAUUGAGGGACUUUAUUCUGUGAUUUUUAUGCGUUUACAUUCUGUAACUUUUAUACAAAGGUAUGAAUGAAGCUUAUGAACACCGUAAACAUGGGCCAAAAAUGUAUGUGUGUUUGCACAAAUUAUUCAGUUAUAACCUUAGCAUUGCAGUGGUCACAUCAUGUUUCAUGUCACUGUCGAUCUGUGCAUCUUUUUACUGAUAUUUGAUUAAUUAUUGUAUCAUUUUUUUUCUUUUUGUUUGACUUGUUUUAUUUCUAUGUGUGUUGAAUUUAUUUAUGUCUAAAUGCCUUAUGAAAUCCUGUUCUGUUAUUAAAUUAAAAACAUGGAAUGCAUAAUGUUAACAUAA